AUGCCCAACCUUACAGUGCGCAACCUCACGAACCUCCCGCUGACCCUCAAGCGGGCUGAGCGCUACGACAGCAAGGUCGUCAGGACGGGCGACGCCUUCACGAAUACAAUUACCACCAUCACCUCCUUCCUCAACGCCACCAACUUCACCACAACCGAAACCCAUGCCGAGGGGGAAGCCCGCUCAUUCAAGGAUGUUGACGUCAAGAUCGAAUCCUUCUCGGUGAAACCUACCGAGUUCUCCGCCCCCGUCCAGGGCAAGGAUGUCCUCCGCCUCCAAUUCGAAUGCGAAGGCAAACGCUACGAGGUCGAUGUACCCACCGCCACCGACACGUCCACUGUCAUGAAGCGCCUCUCCAAGGGCGACAAGCGUGAGCUCACCGCAGUAUACAUCGCUCGCCACGACUUCUUGGCCAUCCUGUCUUCGUCCGACCUCAGUGCUUGGAUGAAGAGGCUCAAGGACGAGUACCCGCUCUCCCUCCUCUCCAUCCCCGGCACCCACAACUCGCCCACCUGCUACACCGCGCUCCCUUCUGUGCGCUGCCAGGCCGUCGGCGUCUCGGAACAGCUCGAAAACGGCGUCCGCUUCCUCGACAUCCGCGUCUCCGCCACCCCAGACAACGACAACCUCGCCCUCGUGCACUCUGCCUUCCCCAUCUCCCUCACGGGGACCAAGUGGCUGGGCGAUAUGCUCGCCGAGAUCUACGCAUUUUUGGACCGCAACCCGUCCGAGGCCAUCAUCGUGUCCCUGAAGCGCGAAGGCACCGGCAAGGCCUCCGACCAGGACAUGUCCCGCUACCUCCGCGACCGCUUCAUCAAGGGCAACAACGGCAAGGACGCCAAGCGCUGGUGGACGCGCGGCCACAUCCCCACCUUGGGCGAUGUCCGGGGCAAGAUCGUCCUGAUGCGCCGCUUCAACGUGGCCGACUCGGUACGCAAGUCGGAGAACGACGGCAAGGGUUUCGGCAUCGACGCCUCGGUCUGGCCCGACAACUGCGAGGACGGCAAGUGCGGCGGCGGCCUCGUGCGCGUCCAGGAUUUUUACGAGAUCGACCAGAGCACCAACAUCGAGCGCAAGGUCGGCUACUCGCACGCCCAGCUCGAGCGCGCCGCCGAGCAGCUCUUCCGCCACCCGACCCCCAAUGGUCCCGAUAAGAGUAAUGGCGGUAGCGGUAGCAAAAACAACAAUGCCACGAAGCCGCCCCCUUUCUUCGUCAACUUCCUCAGCGCGUCCAACUUCUUCAACGCCACCUGCUGGCCCGAGCGUAUCGCCGCCAAGGUCAACCCGUCUGUCGUGGAGUACCUGUGCAUGCGUCACGGCGAGGAAGGCAAGGGGCCUAAGAAGCUCAAGGUCGGUGACGCUUGCACCGGCAUCGUUGUUACCGACUGGGUGGGCGCCCACGGUGAUUGGGAUCUGAUCCGGUGUAUCGUUGGCUGGAACGCCAAGUUGCAAGCGAAGCAAUAG